UGAAUUUCGUUUUUCGUAAACUUGCUCCAAUGCUGCAAGCCUUCAGUUUAUGUGUUCAAUCUUUGUCCCUAUGACCACGACUCUGAGUCCAAAGUAAACCAUUAAAGUGGAUAUAAAUGGAGGUUUUUUGAUUCCAUAUUCCCAUUUCUUGCAGAAUGUCGUGCUUCUCUUCACCUUUCAUUGCUUCUCCUGCCAUACUGCGUCCAUGGCAAUACAGGAAGGUUCAGAGCAUGAACCAGAGGCUUGGUCACAACUGGAUUCGUUCUAUUUCUCAAAGGAAGCUCUGUACGCGAGCUGCAAUGGUUGAAGAAAGAUAUGAUGUAAUUGUGGUAGGAGGGGGCCAUGCAGGAUGUGAAUCUGCUCUUGCAUCUGCUCGUCUUGGUGCCAAGACUCUCCUUCUCACACUUAAUCUUGAUCGUAUUGCAUGGCAGCCUUGCAAUCCAGCAGUUGGUGGACCAGCUAAAUCUCAACUGGUUCAUGAAGUGGAUGCACUUGGUGGUGAAAUUGGGAAAAUUGCUGAUAGGUGCUACUUGCAAAAACGAGUCCUUAACCUUUCAAAAGGUCCUGCAGUUAGGGCAUUACGUGCACAAACAGAUAAGAGGGAAUAUGCUAUGGAAAUGAAGAAAGUUGUGGAAAGCACCCAAAAUCUUUGGAUUAGAGAGGCAAUGGCAACAGAGGUUCUGGUUGGGAAGAAUGACAAUGUGGAAGGGGUGAAGACUUUCUUUGGCGUGAAUUUCUAUGCUCCUUCAGUGAUACUCACUACUGGGACUUUUAUGAGUGGAAGGAUAUGGGUUGGUAAAGCAUCUAUGUCAGCUGGGAGGGCUGGUGAGUCGGCUUGUCAGGGACUCACCGAAAAUUUGCAAGAAAUGGGGUUUGAAACAGAUAGGUUAAAGACUGGAACUCCUGCACGUGUUGAUUGCCGAACUGUUCACUUCUCUGGAUUGGAACCCCAACCUGGGGAUGAAGAGGUUAGCUGGUUCAGUUUUGAUCCUGAGGUCCACAUAGAAAGGGAACAGAUGUGCUGCUAUUUAACUCGGACUACAGCUAGAACACACCAGCUUAUAAAAGAAAACUUGCAUGAAACCCCGACAUAUGGGGGCUGGGUUGAAGCCAAGGGACCCAGAUAUUGCCCUUCUAUAGAAGAUAAGAUUGUAAGGUUCCAAGAUAAAGACUCACAUCAAAUAUUUCUUGAACCGGAAGGCCGUACCGUACCAGAGCUUUAUGUACAGGGUUUCUCUACAGGUCUGCCGGAGAGGCUUCAGUUAGCACUCCUGAGAACAUUACCUGGACUUGAAAACUGUUCAAUGCUGAGGCCUGCCUAUGCUGUGGAGUAUGACUUUUUACCUACACAUCAAUGUUCUAGAUCUCUUAUGACGAAAAAAUUAGAAGGAUUAUUCUUCUCCGGCCAGAUAAAUGGGACUACAGGUUAUGAAGAGGCUGCUGCUCAGGGUAUUAUUGCCGGAAUAAAUGCGGCAAGGCAUUCAGAUGGAAAAUCCCUUUUUGUUCUAGAAAGAGAAAGCAGUUAUAUAGGGACCUUGAUUGAUGAUCUUGUUACCAAAGAUCUUCGGGAGCCAUACCGAAUGUUGACUAGUCGCUCAGAGCAUCGUUUGCUCCUUCGUGCUGAUAAUGCAGACAGCCGUCUCACACCAUUGGCGCGGGAAAUUGGUUUGAUAGAUGAUCGAAGGUGGAAAGUGUAUCAAGAUAAGCAAGCCCACAUAGUAGAUGAGAAAAAGCGCAUGAGAACUGUGCGGAUUUCAGGGAGUGGAGAAAUGGCUGCUGAAAUUACUCAGUUGUCUGGUCAACCUGUGAAGGAGUCUACUUCUUUGGAGACUAUUUUGAAGAAACCCCAUAUACAAUAUGGGAUUCUUGAUAAGCACGGCUAUGGGAAUCCACUUCUAUCAAAGGAGGAGAAAGAAUGUGUGGAAAUCGAUAUAAAGUAUGAGGGUUUCAUUUUACGUCAGAAGAGCCAGCUCCAACAGAUUGUGCAUCAAGAGCAUAAGCCAAUUCCAGAGAACCUGGACUAUAAUGCCAUGAAGACUUUAUCUCUAGAAGCACGUGAAAAGCUUUCCAAGUGUCAAAAGUGGCCUUUGAAGAAGUCGCUGACACGGCAUUAUGGAAUCACAUAAAAAGCUGCUGACAUGCAUGUCAGACGCAUUUUUGCAGCAGCAUUCCGGGGAUGCCUCAAUCUAAGAAACAGGUGAUUCGGAGUUGCAAUGUGUAGUGGUAGAUCAAUAGAGAAAGUAAUGGCCAUAGAAAAUCAAUGGUGGUCAUAAGCAUCAUCACUUCUUAUCUAAUGAUGCAUGGUGAUGGAGAGGAGGGACCUCCCAGACAUGACCCUAGGGCUAGCUUCCACUCCCUAUCUAUGAUCUUCUGUGAUCCAAUGGUCUAUGAUUUUUCCUUGUAGGUGCUAGCUUCCACUCCGUAUCCAUCACUUAGGUGGUGAUGAUCCAAUGGUCUAUGAUUUCCUUGUAGUCCAUGGAUAUUUGUGGGGAAUGCUGAUGAACCAAUGGUCUAUGAUUUCCUUGUAGUCUAUGGAUAUUUGUGGGGAACUGCUUUCUUUGAGCCAGCCUUCACAAUAGAGGUCAGGAAGAACGGUGGUGGUCGAAUGGAUAGAGGGAAAAUAUCUCUGUACCCUCCAUUUUUUAUAUCCAUUUCGUAUGAGAUUUAAGGAUUCAGAAUAUGACUUGGAGCAUAGGGUUUUUAUUUUUUCUAUCUUCCAACCUUUUUGGACCUCUUUGACCAUGUACUUUUUACUCAAGAUAUA